GAGAAGUAUUUUGUUCACAUUGCCUUAUUGGCAACAUAGUGUGCUCCGUCAUAAUCUUGAUGUUAUGCACAUAGAAAAGAAUGUGUGUGAUAACAUUAUUGGGAUGCUGUUACAAUUAGAAGGUAAGUCAAAGGACAAUGAUAAGGCACGCUAUGAUCUUGUUGAUAUGAAUAUUAGAAGCCAAUUACAUCCAAAGAUGCACCCAAGUAAAGGCAAACAAUAUUUUCCUAGAGCUUGUUACCAAAUGACUUCAAAAGAGAAAGAAACAUUUUUGGAAGUUCUCAAAACAAUAAAAGCUCCUGAUGAAUAUUUGUCUAAUAUUUCAAGAUGUGUGCAAGUGAAGGAACACAAAAUAUCCGGUCUCAAAAGUUAUGAUUGUCAUCUUUUAAUGCAAGAGUUUCUUCCUAUAGCUAUGAAAGGUUGUUUGCCAGACAAAGUGAGUUUAGCUAUAUCCGAUCUUUGUUGUUUCUUCAAGGAGUUGUGUGGCAAGGUGCUUAAUGAGAGUAAUUUAGAGCACCUAGAGCAUCAAGUAGCUCUAACAUUAUGCCAAUUAGAACAGAUUUUUCCUCCAUCUUUUUUCACUGUAAUGGUGCAUUUGGUAAUCCAUUUGGCACAUGAAGCAAGAGUUGGAGGUCCUGUACAUUACCGAUGGAUGUAUCCUAUUGAAAGGUUCCUUUUGACUCUAAAGUCAUUUGUUCGUAAUCGAGCACAUCCAGAAGGAUCUAUUGCAGAAGGAUAUUUAGCUAAUGAAUGCUUGAUAUUUUGUUCAAGAUAUCUAUCUAGGGUGGAGACUCAUUUUAAUCAAUUUGCUCGAAAUGAUGACUCAUGUUUUGUGGAAAAUGUAAGUGUUUUAAAUCCUAGAGGUAGACCAUUGGGGAGAAAGAAGCAAGUUGGAUUCAAUGUGAAGAAGAGAAAAAGAGCUUCUCGGAUUUCUCUUGAUAAGAAAGCAUUGGUUCAAGCACAUAGAUAUGUGCUUUUCAAUAGCAACAAUGUUGACCACUUUCGAAAGUAAUACAAUUUUUUUCAUGUUCAUUUAGUUAUUGAAUAUUUGUAUAAUAUCUUUCUAUCAAUGAUAAUGCUUACUUUUUCUAACCUUUUUUACAU